AAUAAAGAGCUUCAUCCACAGACUGACAUCCAUCCUAAGAAUGUCUCCCGUUUCAGACUCCACCAACACGGCUCUUUCAAGCCCAAAGGAGCCCGAGGAGAAGAUUUACCAUCCACCCGACGGCAUUUUCACUGACGCGCACGUGCCUGACUUUGACGCAUAUCUGGCUUUAUAUAAAAAGUCCAUUGAAGAGCCUGAAGAGUUCUGGGGUGAUGUUGCUCAGGAGUUUUUCUGGAAGAAGCCUCCGUCGGGACAGAUGUUGCAGUAUAACUUCGACGUCACCAAGGGGAGUGUUUUCAUCAAGUUCAUGGACGGAGCAAAAACCAACAUUUGCUACAACGUCCUCGACCGGAAUGUGCAUGAGAGAAACCUGGGAGACAAAGUGGCUUAUUACUGGUUUGCAGGUUUCUCGUCCGAGUCUCUGUGUGAAAGGAUCAUGGACGCUCAAUGCAACAUCCUGGUCACAGCAGAUGGUGUUUACAGAGGUGACAAGCUGAUCAACCUGAAGAAGAUAGCGUCUGAAGCUUUGGAUCGCUGUAAGGAAAGCUCGGCCUCGUCUGUUCAGAAGUGUGUUGUGGUCAAACAUCCUGCCUUCAUAACCAGCAGCGAUGCUUCCAGCAGUCUACAGACUCCAUGGGAUGAAUUGUGUGAUAUCUGGUGGGAUGACCUGAUGGAUGGAGUGUCGGAUGAGUGUGAACCGGAGUGGAUGGACUCUGAAGAUCCUCUUUUCAUACUUUACACCAGCGGCUCCACCGGAAAACCCAAGGGGGUGGUCCACACCGUCACAGGCUACAUGCUCUACACCUCACUGACCUUCAAAUAUGUUUUCGAUUAUCACCAUGACGACGUUUACUGGUGCACUGCAGACAUUGGCUGGAUCACAGGCCACUCCUACAUCACAUAUGGCCCGCUGGCCAAUGGCGCGACCAGUGUGCUCUUUGAAGGUGUGCCGGUCCAUCCUCAUGUGGGCAGACUCUGGGAGAUCAUUGAGAAGUAUGGAGUCUCUAAGUUCUACACGGCGCCCACUGCUAUAAGACUGCUGAUGAAAUAUGGGAAAGAACCACUGCAGCGGUAUGAUCUGUCCAGCUUGCGUGUUUUGGGAACGGUUGGUGAACCCAUUAACCCAGAGGCUUGGCUUUGGUAUUAUGAUGUUGUGGGUCAGCAGCGCUGUCCGGUUAUCGACACCUUCUGGCAAACAGAGACGGGUGGUCAUGUUCUGACUCCUCUACCAGCUGCUACACCACUAAAACCUGGAUCUGCUACGUGCCCAUUUUUUGGAGUCCAGCCUGCCAUUCUUAAUGAACACGGAGAAGAAUUAGAGGGCGAAGCGGAGGGAUACUUGGUUUUCCGGCAGCCCUGGCCGGGAAUCAUGAGGGGUGUAUUUGGGAAUCAGGAGCGAUUCGAGAGCACAUACUUCAGAAAAUUCCCAGGAUUCUACGUGACAGGAGACGGCUGCAGGCGGGACAAGGAUGGAUAUUACUGGAUCACCGGCCGGAUUGAUGACAUGCUGAAUGUUUCUGGUCAUUUGCUGAGCACAGCAGAGGUGGAGUCUGCUCUGUCUGAACACCCAUCGGUGGCUGAAGCUGCAGUGGUCAGUUGUCCUCAUGCAGUGAAAGGAGAGUGUCUGUACUGCUUUAUCACUCUGAAAGACCAGCAAGAGUUCAACCGCACGCUGAUGGAUGAACUCAAGAGGAAAGUGAGGGAGAAGAUUGGACCCAUCGCCACCCCAGAUUUUAUCCAGAACGCUCCAGGGCUUCCCAAAACCCGUUCAGGGAAGAUCAUGCGACGAGUUCUACGACAGAUCGCUCGCAAUGAAAAAGAGCUGGGUGACCUGUCUACACUGGCGGACCCUAAAGUUGUGGAGGUGCUGUUCAGCCAGAGAUGUGAAGCAGCGGCAUGAAGACUGCUUCAUCAUGCUUCUGUUAAAGACU